UUGAAAGUUGUGAAGGGUGAUAGGAAGCUCAGAGCAUGAAAAAGUGCAGUCGCCAAAACUUACCGCAUGGUCAUACGACAAACUAUGCUGAAGACACUUGUCCGUUUCCAUUAAACGGCUUCAGGCACUUUGCGUCCAGAGCGCACUCCGGCUUUGUUUACAGUCGAACCGGCAGUUGAACGAGAGAUUGUUGAUUUCGAAGACGUUGCCGGGGCUUGACAGAGCUCCUGCCGGGAAAUGCGCUUUGUGGAAGGACCGCUGACAGAGUGCAGAACCGAGAGAUAGACAGCGGAGAGACAGACAGCGGCAGAAACUUUAUAUCCACGCGCGCGCUAAUUGCCCUGACUAGUGUGUUAAAAGACUCCGAACACUGUCAAACCGUCGCAAGGUGCAGCACGUGUAGGUUUUUCCUGACCAAUUAAAAGUUGAUUGUUGUUGUGCAUGCACUUGGCUAUGGUGGAACAAACGAGCGUAACGAACACCGACGCGCACCCCUGCGACUCCAUUGAUUCGGGGGAAAUGGACCUGGACAUGGACACAUCUCCGACUCCCGGUUCCCCAAACUCAACUGGGGACAAAAUGGACAUCGCCUGGUGCAAAACCCCAUCCGGGCACAUCAAGAGACCAAUGAACGCGUUCAUGGUUUGGUCGCAGAUAGAGAGGCGUAAGAUUAUGGAACAGUCGCCGGACAUGCACAACGCGGAGAUCUCCAAGAGACUGGGCAAACGCUGGAAACUUUUGAAAGACAGCGACAAGAUCCCCUUCAUCCGCGAGGCAGAGCGUCUGCGCCUCAAGCACAUGGCAGACUAUCCAGACUACAAAUAUCGACCGCGGAAGAAGGUGAAAUCGUCCAGCGGCAAGACCGGAGAGAAGGGCGAGCGAGUUAGCGGCAGCCCCGGUGCAAAGUCUGCAUUCAAAAAGAGCUCCAAAACUCUCAGUAGGACGCACAGAAAGUCCACAGCGCUCGAGCUGUCUUCCCUCGCCACCCCCGCAGACCACCAGGCGCUCUACAAAUCCAGGUCGGUCUCCGCUGCUAAGCAAGUUCCCGAGAAACCAGCAAAGCGUGGUCAUGUUUUCGGAGGAUGCAGCUCUGAUGGCAGCCCGCCCUCCGUUGCUGUGCCAGCCAGUCCAACUCUGAGCAGCUCGGCCGAGUCCAGCGACCCGCUGAGCUUCUAUGAGGACGGGCUCGCGAGCGUAAAAGAGGACGGCGAGUGCGCCGCGCGCUUCAAAUACACCCGCGCCACGUCUCCAACGCCCUCCGCGUCGCACUCAUCCUCCUCGCAGUCCUCCUCGUCAGAUGAGGACUUCGAUGACGAGCUGGCGGACCCCAGUCCCGGUUUUGACAGCUUCGGCACCUUUGGCACUGCGCCUCUGGACAGAGACUUAGAGUUCAAUUUUGAGUCGGGCUCCGGCUCGCACUUUGAAUUCCCCGACUACUGCACCCCAGAGGUGAGCGAAAUGAUAUCAGGGGACUGGCUCGAAUCGACAAUAUCCAACUUGGUGUUCACUUAUUGAGCGCUGAUUGAAAAGACAUAUUGAAACGUAAUCUUUAUGACUGUCGUAAAGGUGGAGGAAUGAAAAAGUCUUCCUCGAGAUGAGUCAACAACAUGAUUCCUUCUAUUUAUCAUGCAUCUGAUACUGUGGGUUGUCAUUAUCCACUGACAAGAGUACAGAUGAAAGUGCUUAGCUUGCUCUUUUGGUGCUGGAAGGAGUGACUUACAGGCGCGCGCUUUGGAAGCUGAGGUGGGCAUUGCGCGCGCGGUUGGCGAGUUCAAGUUGUCCGCCCGCUUCAACUUAAAAAGGGACGUUUUAAAUAAACAGUCAAAUGCUUGUUUUGGUGGAGGUACUGAAUGGAGAACAGACGAAGUUGUUCGUUAGACCAGAAUCGCAUGCUUUGUGAUUGAACUACGAAAGGCAGGGGUUUAGUCAUUGAAACAGAAUGGCAGCGCCACAGACGCAAAAAGAAACACAAUCACCAGCUUUUCUGUCGACAUGACAUAAUGAUUCAAACGCAACUCAGAUGAUCAGCUUUUUACACUACAAAUAAGGACCAAAAUUCAUCCGAGGAGCUCUCUCUCUCUCUCUCUCUCUCUCUCUCUCUCUCUCCCUCUUACUUUUUCAUCCUUUGUUUCUCCCCCAAGUAACUUUUCAGUGCUGGCAUUUUUUUUUAUCUAUGUAUUUAUAAUGGCCAAACAUUGCUCCUCCUUCCCCUUUCAAUUGUGUUAGUCUGUUUUGUUUAUAGCCUAUUCAUGCACAUGUCCGUCUCUUGUCUCGAAAGGGCUAGACUUGUUUCGUAUUAUUUAACUGAUGACUUCUCACAUGGAAAGGAGAUUAAAUGUUUCAUCAUUUUCUUAGUGUAUUUUUGUACAAAAUCUAUCUGAGGGGUGUCAAUCGGUGAUUAUCGCUGUUUGGAUUUCCGAUUUUUAAAACCAGGGGGUCGGGUUGUCACAAAAUCUGCCCCUAAACAUGUUUACAGUGUCAAUCCACAGGCUCCUUAAAGAGACAGUGUCUGCAUUUCAACGACCAAUCAUCAUUAGCCUACGAUGCGCGCUGAAUGAGGUUGUAUGUAGCUGCAGCAACGUCUGCAAUUUAUCACGUUCUUGUUGGGGAUGCUGUACAUUUUUUAAUACAAAAUUCUUUGUGCUUUUCUAGUGACACGUUUCGGUUUUAACCACUGGAUGGAAUUACAGAUAUGGUUGAAAUGCCUACAAGUUCAUGAACAAUGAAGUAUGUCUUCACUCCAUAAUUGUACAAGGCUAUGUAAACUUUUCUACUUGUUGGCUAAAUGUAGCUAAUUGUUUUAGUAUAUUAUGGCAUGGCGAAUAGCAUUUUGUAUUUCUCAAUUCAGGUUUAUGUAGAGCAGUUGUGUUUAAGGCAGAGGAUCCACAUGAAGAUUUCUAUGUACAUUGACUGUAAAAUAAGUAAAAGAUUGCGUGUUUAUGUCUGACGAUGAUAUAUCAUGACAGGAAUGAGGACUUAUAUCUUUAUACAUCCCUAUAUGUUUAAGAGUGUUGUUCAUGAGUUUUGGAAUAUAUAGAUAUGUUUUAUUGUUUAAUUGUGUGCAAUAUGCUGUGUACAAUAUUGUUUUGUCUCAUCAUACCAUAUCUCAACAUUUGAGAAGUCACUGCCUGUCAGACCUCUACAGAAAUUUGUCUUUUUCCAAGAAGGAAAUAAAAUCAGCUGGAACUGAACUUCACUUGCAAGACUUUUCUCUUCAUCAUUUGCCUUGUCAUGUUCCCUUUAGUUUAAUUUUUCAUAAUACAAUGCAUAAUCCGUUUAAAGCUUAAAUAAAAGUAAGUACUCUUCACCACUAAUGUGGCAUUAGGGAAAACUGUGAAGUCACCAUUUUGAGAACAGUACAGAAACCCAUAUUGGUCUGUUAAUGUAACAGAAGCAUGAGCAAACUCAGCAAAGUCAAUUGUAGGAAUUUUGUAUAAAAAUUAGCCAAUUAUAAUACAUUACGAUCUGGGAAUUAAUGAAUAAGCUAAUUAUUGAUAUGAUAAUCUUAUGACCACUUAACAGAGCAUGCUUGUGUAAUUUGUCUGUAAUCCAGUCCCAUUGUAGCCAUCUCAACCUAGACAGUCACCUACAUUAAUAGUGCUUUUGCAUGUUACUUCGUGUGAGACAUAUGGAGUGGUGCGUGGCUAAAAGAUUGACAGGCAAGCCUAUUGCAACCUGAAGGGAUGGGGAGCUGUCACGCAGGGGGUGGAGGCUGAUCAGGCCGACUGUAAGACAUUAAGAGACAAUUCUGCAGUCUGUUGUAAACAUCCAGCCAUCCCCAAUCCAGAUAUUACAAACACUCCUAUUAUUAACAUAUUAUAUUUGCAUUACUUGCAUGCAAUACGGCUGCAUGUUUACGUGAGGGGAAACAAAAAUUGAAAUAGUUCAGAUGGUUUGGCCAUGUCUCAAGAACUGUGUUCCAGCGUGUGCUUGAGUAAGGCAGUCCGAGUCAAAUAAUAAAAAAAAGUUACUAUUUAGCAUCAUCUCAACUGAUAGCACAGGGUGUGAGCGUAAUGCCUUAGUCAAGUGUGAGCAAGGAUGCACUAUGCAGCAAGAGGGUCUAGACAUUGGCUUUGUGGGGGAGGAGUGUGAGACAGAUGAGAUGUCUCUGCCGGGAGGCUGCAUUGGGGAGCUCAAGUGGAUUGUUCAGCAGGGAUGACUGCUGAAACCAAUUAAUUCCUACUGGGUGCACUGGUUUAUGUCGGGGAAAGAGAGGGGGCUCUCGAAAGGUUUUGUGUUAAUCUGUUUACAUCCCCCAAAUGAGAAAAGAGACAGGAAGCUGUUUGGAUACCAUAGUUGUGCAAAUUUGAGAUAUGAAUGUGUCAGUUUGUCAAGCAGACUUACAGUAAAUGAUGGUUUGUGUUGGGGUGCCGGUCGCAGGCUCAUAUAUCAAGUGUCAUUACAUAGCAAUAUGUUUAUUACUUGCAAUGUACUGACAUCAUUUGACAUAGUAGAACUGUGGAAAUUUGAAAAUAAAUAUAAGAAUAUGUACAGUAUAUAUACAUACUAUGAUAAUAUGAUACAUUAUGAUGUGUGUGUGUGUACACAUUAUAUUAUCUGACAACAUUAUAAUAAUGGGAAUAUAAAAGUGUCCUGUAU